AUGGACUGCUAUAAGCAAAUUUUUCAGCUGUCCCCGGUGCGGGUUGGCCUCGUUGCCUGGGACCGCUACCUCCACAGUAGCCAGCCCUCCGCCAGCCGCCCUCCGCUAGCCGCCCUUCAGCCAACUAGCGGCACUGGAUUGCCUGGCUGGCUAACGGAAAUGCAUGACCUUCUCACAACCCUCUGUACAACAUUUGCCAAUAUCAUCAUUCUCGGAGAUAUAAACAUUCAUGUCGACACCCCCUCCUGCCACUCUGCAUCUGCCUUUCCACAAUUACUGGACUGCCUAAACCUCAUUCAACAUGUCAACGUCCCAACACACAACAGGGGGCACACAUUGGAUCUGGUCAUCACUGACUCUGCCCCCAUCAGCAAUCUCCUUGUGUACGACCUGGGUGUGUCUGAUCACAGGGUCAUUGCACUGGAGCUGCCAUUUCCACCCCCUCACACCAAGCCCAAGCGCCAAAUCUCUUUCAGGAACAUCAAAAACAUUAACACAGACGCCUUAAUUUUGGACCUCCAGCACCUCUCCUCUACAAAUUUUUCAUCAGCCAGCGAUUCAGUGGCUUUUUACAAUAAUACCCUGACCAGUCUCUUGGACCUCCACGCCCCAGUUAGAACAAGAAUGGUUUCUUUCUCACGCUCAGCUCCUUGGUUCAUCCGCGAGCUGCGAAAAAUGAAGGCAACUGGGCGUGUCCUUGAGCGACGCCUCAAGGCCACAGGCCUCACCGUCCACAAAAUGGCCUACAAAGACCAUCAAAAGGCCUAUUCGAAAUCCCUCAGAGACGCACAAAACAAACUCGACACCAUCAGGUCCCAUCUCAUCAGCCCCUCCACUCUACCUGCCCCCGCUGCCAUCUCACAGCCAGGGAUCUCCCAGCCUCUCUGCUGUUUCUCCAACAUCACACAGCGAGAGGUUGAGGACAUCAUCAAUACGAUGAAAUCCUCCACCUGUGCCCUGGACCCCGUUCCCACCGCUCUGGUUAAAUCAAGCAUUUGUGCCAUAAGUCCCCUGAUCACCAAAACCAUAAACCUUUCCCUCCAGUCUGGCCACGUUCCCUCUGUUCUAAAAACUGCCAUCAUUACACCCCUCCUCAAAAAACCCACCUUGGACUCGGCAGUCCUUGCCAAUUACAGACCAAUUUCCAACCUCCCUUUCCUUUCCAAGGUCCUGGAAAAAGUGGUAGCUGCACAGCUCCAGGACCAUCUCCAACUCAAUAACAUUGCAGAGAAGUUCCAGUCUGGCUUCCGCACCGCCCAUAGCACUGAAACAGCACUAGUCAGGGUCACUAAUGACCUGUUGAUGGCGGCUGAUGCUGGCUCCCCUUCACUCCUCAUCCUGCUUGACCUAACCGCAGCAUUUGACACCAUUGACCAUCACAUCCUCCUUAACCGUCUACACUCUAUCGGCCUCUCUGACUUUGCUCUGAAUUGGUUCCAAUCAUACCUCUCCGACAGAACCGAGUACGUCUCUUUGGGAGGGAAAAAAUCCCGGUCCCAUCCUGUCACCUGUGGUGUCCCCCAAGGAUCCGUCCUCGGCCCCGUCCUCUUCACCCUCUGCUUGCUCCCCCUCGGCCGUGUCAUCAGCCAGUAUGGAAUUUCCUUCCAUUGCUAUGCUGAUGACACACAACUGUACCUUAAGACUGACUCACCCCCUGCUGCAGCUCCGACAUCACCAUCUCCAUCAUCCACACUCACUACCUGCCUGGAGGAGAUAAAGGCGUGGAUGAAAUCAAACUUCCUACAACUCAACAGCUCCAAAACCGAGGCCAUCCUAAUUGGCACCCCCCAUCAGAUUCAUUCAUCCUCCAUUACCAGCAUCUCUUUCUCCGGUCAAGUCCUUCCCCUCUCAUCCAUAGUCACCAACCUGGGUGUGAAAAUUGACCCCCACCUAAACUUUGAGGCCCACAUUAAACACCUGUGCAAAACCUCCUUUUUCCACCUCAGGAACAUUACUAAACUCCGUCCCACACUCACCCUCCCAGAUGCAGAAAAACUUGUCCACGCCUUUGUCUCCUCCAGGCUGGAUUACUGUAACGCACUUCUCAUCGGGAACCCUAGCAAGAGCCUCCUGAGGCUCCAAUACAUCCAGAACAGCGCUGCUAGGAUCCUGAUGAGAGUGCGUAAGUACGACCACAUCACACCGAUCCUCCACUCACUUCACUGGCUCCCCAUCACCUCCCGGACUGAAUACAAAAUAUUGGUGCUAGCCUUCCAAGCAGUUAAAGGGUCUUCCCCAGCUUAUCUACAAAAAAUCAUCAGACCCUACACCCCUGCCAGACCUCUUCGUUCAGCCUCCACAGGCCGCUUGGCACCUCCCCCUCUCAGAACCUCCACCUCACGCUCACGACUACUGUCUGUUCUGGCUCCACGGUGGUGGAACGAACUCCCCGUUGAGGUCAGAACUAUAGAAUCUCUCCCCACCUUCAAGCGCAAACUGAAGACGCACCUCUUCAAGCAGCACCAAGGUCAACAAGACCAGAAUGUCCCGGGGGUGGCCCUGCUGGAGGGUGUGGUCCGUCUGACCCGGGGGGCGCAUGCUCCGAGGUGGUGCAGUGGCUACCCGUGGAGGGGUGGGAAAAGGUGGAUGGUCCCCCUCCGCGUGGUUAACAUGCACCCCUACCCUCUUUCCCUACCCCGGCGGCGCCCCCUAGCCAUGGUGUCCCUCAUCGCCCCCUCGCAGGUACAGGGUGAGAGUGACCUGGUUCUGCGGACCCCCCGUCCGGGGGAGGUGGAGGUGGGUGUGCGGACCGCGCAGAGCAACAACAGCAGGCAGGGGUGUUCGCAGCACAUGAGGAGGACUUUGGCCGGACCGAGGUAG